UGCGGUGUGGAUGCCGAGACGCGCUAACGCUGGGCCUUUUCUGUCCGUCUGGGGAAGAGGCUCACCGAACCAACUCCCAAGAUGAUGCUCUCAAGGGCCAAGCCUGCUGUGGGCGGGGACCUACCUCACACUGACAAGAGAAAGAAGAAAGGUAGGAAGAUUCCAAAACUAGAGGAGCUACUUUCACAAAGGGAUUUCACUGGAGCUAUUACCCUAUUAGAGUUCAAACGUCAUGUUGGGGAACAAGAAGAAGACACUAACUUGUGGAUUGGAUACUGUGCUUUUCACCUGGGUGACUACAAGAGAGCUUUGGAGGAAUAUGAAAAUGCAACAAAAGAGGAAAAUUGUAAUCCUGAAGUCUGGGUGAACCUAGCCUGUACCUACUUUUUUCUUGGCAUGUAUAAACAAGCUGAAGCAGCCGGAUUUAAAGCUCCAAAAAGCCGACUUCAAAAUCGCCUCCUCUUCCACUUGGCUCAUAAGUUUAAUGAUGAGAAGAAGUUGAUGAACUUCCAUCAGAAUCUUCAGGAUAUCACAGAAGAUCAACUCAGUUUGGCCUCAAUCCACUAUAUGCGAUCUCACUACCAAGAAGCCAUUGAUAUUUAUAAACGAAUACUACUAGAUAACAGGGAAUACCUGGCCCUCAAUGUGUAUGUGGCCCUGUGUUACUACAAGUUGGAUUACUAUGAUGUGUCUCAGGAAGUUCUGGCAGUUUACCUUCAGCAAAUUCCUGAUAGCACCAUCGCACUCAACCUUAAGGCCUGUAAUCAUUUUCGCCUUUACAACGGCAAAGCAGCUGAGGCAGAACUCAAAAGCUUGAUGGACAGCGCUUCUUCUUCCUUUGAAUUUGCUAAAGAACUCAUCAGGCACAAUCUGGUUGUUUUCCGAGGAGGUGAAGGGGCUUUGCAGGUUUUGCCUCCCCUGGUUGAUGUCAUUCCUGAAGCUCGGUUAAACUUAGUGAUUUACUACCUUCGUCAAGAUGAUGUGCAAGAAGCUUAUAACUUAAUUAAAGAUCUGGAACCUACUACUCCUCAGGAGUAUAUCCUCAAAGGAGUGGUCAAUGCGGCCCUUGGCCAGGAAAUGGGUUCAAGGGACCAUAUGAAAAUUGCCCAGCAAUUCUUCCAGCUGGUGGGAGGGUCAGCGAGUGAGUGUGAUACAAUACCUGGGAGGCAGUGCAUGGCUUCCUGUUUCUUCCUGCUUAAGCAGUUUGAUGAUGUGUUGAUUUACCUCAACUCAUUUAAGAGUUACUUCUACAAUGAUGACAUCUUUAACUUUAAUUAUGCCCAAGCCAAAGCUGCAACAGGCAAUACCAGCGAGGGCGAAGAGGUUUUCCUUUUAAUCCAAAGUGAGAAGAUGAAAAAUGAUUACGUUUACCUCAGUUGGCUAGCUCGGUGCUAUAUAAUGAAUAAGAAACCAAGACUAGCCUGGGAACUGUAUCUCAAGAUGGAAACUUCUGGCGAGUCCUUUAGCCUCUUACAGCUCAUUGCUAAUGAUUGCUACAAGAUGGGCCAGUUCUACUAUUCUGCCAAGGCAUUUGAUGUCUUAGAGAGGCUGGAUCCUAACCCUGAAUAUUGGGAAGGCAAGAGGGGUGCCUGUGUGGGCAUUUUCCAGAUGAUCUUAGCUGGACGAGAACCCAAAGAGACCCUUCGAGAAGUACUCCACUUACUGAGAAGCACAGGGAAUACCCAAGUGGAGUACAUCAUCCGGAUCAUGAAGAAAUGGGCCAAAGAAAACAGAGUGCCUAUCUAAAAUAGCACCAGAGGCCUAACCGGUCACCACUUUGAUCUAAAAUUGGAAAUCAUUCUCCUCAAGUUUAAUGUAAGAUGCAGGGCUCUAUUUUUUGACAUUUCCUUCCUUGCUCUUUGAGCCUCAAGGUCAGUGACUAACUUGCUUAGACCUACCUUCCUGGCUGAACCAAGCGCCACGGUCCGUGCUAUGGCCCUGUGUGUGAUCCGACUAGCAAUAAGACUUUGGACUUGUCUGGUGCCUUUCUUCCUAAAAUUCUCAGAGAAUUCUUACAUAAUUUACUGACUUUAAGGAGAAUGGCAUUAUUUUUUUAAUGUUAGCAUUCGGUGGCAUUUUCCCCUAGCUGCAAUAACAGACGCCUUUCAUGCCCAAGAGCCAUCAUCAUUCCGUCGUCAUCUGUACAUUAUCCCAUUUCCCUGCGGUGUCCCACAAAGAAUUCGUCAUGUGUUCUGGGUCUUAGGAGAGCAGAAGGUAUAAAAAGUGGUAUGAUUCUAAGAGUGGCAGUAAGACUUUUAUCAAACUGUCCAGUCAUUAACAGAUAAUGGACUUCGGGGAUUGCUCUUUCAGUAAUUUUGGUGAUAAGUAGCCUGUUAUUUAUCAUCAAAUAAACAGAAAUAUUGCAGCUGUUUAAAAGGUGCAUACUAUGAAAAAAGUCUCUGCGGUACAUUUAAAGGGGUAUUCAGGAAAUAGUGUGCAAAUCUCAUCAGUCACUUCUCCGUUGUAUUUUAGGGAACUAAACAGGUUAAGGUUCUUUUUCAUAUAUUUUGCUGAAUAAGCAUCAGUUUUGAAUGCAGGGCUACAAAGGUUAUAUAUAUGUAGUGUGGCCGUUUAUUAAUGUAAUGAUAAUCAAGCAUGAGUUGUGCAGAGCCCUUCAAGGGACCUCCUAAUAGCUGGACCCUAAGUCGUAUUCCAGCCUCAUGUUUCUGAGCUCUUGUAACAUAAACCUGUCAUACAACUGGGCACUUUUAGACUCACAACUGAUUUUCAGAAAAUAGACAUACAUGUUUUUACCUAGCAGAUUACCUUCGUUUCUACCCCAUGUAUCUUGUUUCUGUUAGUUUAAGGUGCCCAGCAUUGCAGGUGUAGAAAGUGCAGAGCCAUCCCUCCCUGGCCUGAAAACUGAAAGAAUGUCCUAAGUCCUUGAAGCACUGCAGACAGCUUAGAGAAUUCCCGCAGGCACCGCGUCGGUUGUCCCCUACACCCCCUGCACGCGCUGUGGCUGAGCCUUAAAGGAGGCGCCGGGGACACGCCAGAGAGCAGCGAGGGAGAGAAGAGCAGGGACUGCGGGUAGCCUUCGCCAUCCGGACACUUGCAAGGAGUUCUUCCACUUCCCAUCCUUUAUCUCAGACCCAGAUCUGAUCAGUUCAGAGCACAAGUCAAACUAAACUGGCCCGAAUAACUGCAUUUUAGAAAACAAAAUUAUAUCAUUUUUCAUAUGCCAAAGCUUCUGUCUUCUCAUGCUGUCAUUUCUACUUUUUCAAUAGUUGGUUCUCAGCAUCUAAGGUACGUGGUGGAUCAGACCUGAGCAGAACCCAGUAGGAGUUUUAGAAUUGUCUUGUGAUUCUUACUUAAGCUCGCUUAAAAUGUUAGGAAACGUAGUAGUGGAAAAAGACAGAUGGAGAGUCCUCACUGGCUUUUGGCAAUGGAGUUGGUCUUCCAGUUAAUUUCUGUUACUGUCACAUCUCCUAUACAAGAUAAGCUUUUCCACUGAUGGAGAUUUACUUUUAAAUGAGCUUUUGUUGAAUUUAACGCUCUAGCUUCUCCCUGUCAUUUUCCUGUCUUUGGGGGAAGUCAGAUAAUCCAAAAAUAGCAAUUCCUGGAAUUUUAAACUGGUUUUUUAAAAGUUUUUACUCUAUAGAAUUUUGUGGCUCUAUGCUUUGAGCCACAAAAGCAUAAAGACUAGUUUUAAAGAGAUACCAUCCAGUUGUCAUUAAGGAUCCUUCUGGAAUGUCUUGGCAGGGUCUCAGGAUUGUAGAGUCCUGUUGCAUGGCCGCUUCUCUUACAUGUAAUGAUGAUACAGGAGAGAAGGUGCAGGCUUAGGAAUGUAGUGUCACGUGCACAGUUCAGAGCAUCGGUGUACUAUUUAUAGGUGGUAGCAAAUAUUACUUGCAAAUGGAAAAAAACUGUUAACUAUUUUUGU